UGCAAACAAGAGCCUCCCUUCCCUGGCGACGCUAUCUCGGCUCCAGCUGAGAUGGGGGGCUGCUUGCCGGAAGGCUCAUCCGGCUUAUCAGGCGCAUUCCAGCCCCUCCCCUCUAGCUCUUGCCCCUCAGCUGGGAAAGCGUGUGCGGCUACACAGAAGGGGAAGAUGCUCGGGAGCCUCCGUCUGCCCGCGGUUAACGCCAAGGGGUCAAGGGUCGUUGCCUGGGUCCUUUUCUUGCACGUUUCAGGCCAAGGUUCUCCUAACGCCGCUGCUUUCCUCCCCUCCUCUCUCCCCUCCAGUCAAGUUUGCAGAUUGCCAGGGAGGGGGGCUGGUUUCGUACAGCACCAACGCCACCGACUUCCGAGUGCUGGCAGACGGAAAGGUGGCGGCGCGUCGGCGCUACAGGCAGGAGCGGGAGAGGACUUUCGCAGUGGAUGCCAGAGAUUCCAGGGGCGUCCAGUCAUCCGCCUUGGUUGUCCUGCAGAACAAAGGCCCCCCUUCUUCCCAGGAGGAACCUUCUCCUGCCAAGUUCCCGUCAGCCCGGCUUGGCCUGAAGCGGCAGAAGAGAGACUGGGUUAUCCCUCCCAUAAGAAUACCUGAAAAUGAGAGAGGUCCCUUCCCCAAGAAGCUUGUUCAGAUCAAAUCAAACCGGGAUAAGGAAACAAAGGUCUUCUACAGCAUCACUGGGCAGGGGGCAGACACCCCUCCAGAAGGAGUCUUCAUCAUUGAGAAGGAGACGGGCUGGAUGAAGGUGACGCGGCCUCUGGACAGAGAGGGCAUUGACAAAUACCAUCUUCUAUCACAUGCUGUUUCUGAAAAUGGCAAGCCCGUAGAGGAACCGAUGGAAAUCAUUGUCACCGUCACAGAUCAGAACGACAACAAGCCCCAGUUCACCCAGGAGGUUUUCAGGGGGUCUGUUUUGGAAGGAGCAACACCUGGCACGUCUGUGAUGCAGGUCACUGCUACCGAUGCGGACGAUGCCGCAGAAACCUACAAUGGGGUUGUGGCGUACUCCAUCCUGAGCCAAGCGCCACAGGUGCCCCACCCCCAGAUGUUUGCCAUCAACAGAGCCACAGGGACCAUCAGCGUCAUCGCCAGCGGCCUGGACCGAGAGCGAGUGAGAGAAUACACCUUGACCCUGCAGGCAGCAGACCUGGAUGGGUUGGGCUUGACCAGCACAGCGUCGGCAGUGAUAGAAAUUAUGGACGCCAAUGACAACGUGCCCGAGUUCAGGGAGCAACUGUAUUCAGCAGAGGUGGCCGAGAACAUGGAAGACGCAGAGGUGGCGAGGCUGGCUGUGACCGACAAGGAUGAGCACCACUCUCCUGCCUGGCACGCUGUGUACAGCAUCGUUCAGGGCAACGGCGGAGGGUUCUUCUCCAUCUCGACGGAUCCAGAGACCAACGAAGGAAUCUUGACAACGGCAAAAGGGUUGGACUUCGAGACGAGAAAGCAGUUCGUGCUGGAGGUUGGAGUGGCCAACGAAGCGCCCUUUGCGGUGAAGCUGUCCAUCUCAACAGCCACUGUGACCGUCAAUGUGAAGGAUGUGAACGAGGCCCCUGUCUUUGCACCGACGGUCCUGAAGGUGAAAGUCUCAGAGGACAGCCCAGUAGGGCAGAAAAUUGCUGCCUACAUGGCACAAGACCCAGACAUGAUGCAGCCCCAGAAAAUCAGGUACUUGCUGGGGAGUGACCCGGCCGACUGGCUGGCUGUCCACCCGGAGAGUGGCAUCGUCACUACCAAGGCCCCCUUGGACCGGGAGUCCUCCUUCAUCCAGAACAACACCUAUGUGGCUAUUGUGCUGGCGGUGGAUGAUGGGAGCCCCGCAGCGACCGGGACAGGAACGUUGCUGCUGACCCUCCUGGAUGUGAAUGACCACGGCCCUGAGCCCGACCGGAGGAAGUUCACCGUGUGCAACCGCGAGCCGGCACCGCAGCUGCUGCGCAUCUUGGACAAGGACCUCCCCCCCAACACCUCCCCUUUCCGUGCGGAGCUCAGCCACAACUCGGAGGAGAACUGGGCCGUCGAGAUGGACAGCACAGGGGAGACGGCCACGCUGAAGCUGCUGAAGCCCUUGAAGCGAGAGACGUAUGACGUCUACCUCCGGCUCCUGGACCAGCAGGGCAAAUCGCAUCUCACCGUCCUCAGGGCCACUGUCUGCGAGUGUGAAGGAGAGGUGGACGAGUGUCCAGAGGGGCAGCUGGCUAUCAUUGGGGCGCCUGUCAUUCUGGCCAUCUUGGGGGCCGUUUUGGCCCUACUGAUUCUGCUGCUGCUGCUGCUGCUCUUCGCGAGGAGGAGGAAGGUGGUGAAGGAGCCGCUGCUCCUGCCAGAAGACGACACGCGGGACAACAUUUUCUACUACGGUGAAGAGGGAGGGGGCGAGGAAGACCAGGACUAUGACCUCAGCCAGCUGCACAGGGGGUUGGACACGCGUCCAGAAGUUGUCCACCGGAAUGAUGUCGUGCCAACCGUUUUGCCAACCCCGCAGUAUCGCCCCCGCCCUGCAAAUCCUGAUGAGAUUGGCAACUUCAUCUGCGAGAACCUGAAGGCUGCUGACCUGGACCCGACGGCCCCUCCCUAUGACUCCCUGCUGGUCUUCGAUUACGAGGGUGGCGGCUCCGAGGCCGGCUCUCUCAGCUCCCUCAAUUCCUCGGCCCCUGACCAGGACCAAGACUACGAUUACCUGAAGGACUGGGGCAGCCGCUUCCAGAAGCUGGCAGACCUGUACGGGGGAGGCGUGGCUGACUAGGGAGCCCCGCCCUGCAGCUGGACUACUACCCGAAGGGCGCCCGCUCCCGCUUUGCGCUGACCGUUGCUUGGCCACACUGACCACCGCUCCAUGUUGGGAGCCAAAGGGGCUGCUGGGGACCUUUUGGGCCCCCCCGAAGAUCCUUUAAAUGCCUUCCCAAAGGGGCAGCUCCGAAUGGGCUUCCCGGGGAGUUUUUGGGGCGGAGGCGUCUCUGGAUGGGGAUCUGUCCUGGCUGAGGGGCCUGGGUGCAGCCUGGGGAGUCUCCGCACUGCGCCUUGAGAGCCCGGGGCCCCCUGACUGCCAGGGGCUGGAGAGGCUGCACCAAAUGGGCCUGCGAGGGGAUUUGGAGGCUGCAGGCGUGAUGGACUCCUCUGCCCCCCAUGUGGCAGCCUUCCUGAACCUUCUUUGCUGCCUUUUUAUUAUCAUGUAUUGUAGCUCAGUUAGGGACUUGAGUUUUCUUUUCCUUUCUUGUAGUAUGUAUGAAAUAGACUUGACAAUCACUAAAGAACUGGACAAUCAGGAUGUAAAGUUUAAUA